GAAUUUUCUGAACAAGAAACUCUCCCUGCUGACUCACCUCCACGUAUUCGUCAAGGUAGAAAAUUACUUCGUAAAAAAGAUUAUGAUGAAUAUGAUCAACCUUUAAGAAAGAAACAAAGAAAUAAAAAAUAUAUACUGUCAGAUGAUGAAAGUGACGAUGAAUCUACCGUUUUUAAAGAGAAAGAAUUUUCAGAAGAUUCGAAAAGCUCCAAAUCUAGAUCCACUUCUAUUUCCAAACAAGAUAGUGCUAGAAAAUCGUCAACCCCAGGCUCUUCGAAAUCAAAGGGAUCCUAUAAAGUUAAAAGAGACUCUAGUGGAAGAAGCUUGCUUCAACGUGCUUGUAAAAAAGGUGACUUGGCAGAUGUUAAAAGAUUCAUUAGUCUUGGUGCAGAUGCAAAUGAAAGUGACUUUGGUGGAUUCACCUGUUUGCAUGAAGCUGCUUUAUCUGGACAUACAGAUGUUGUGAAAUAUCUAAUUAAAAAUGGUGCUGAUGUAAACAAACAAGCUAUUGAAGCUGGGGAUUCUGAAACUCCUCUCAUGGAUGCUGCUGAAAAUAAACAUAUCGACACUGUCAAAGUAUUGUUGGAUAACGGAGCCAAUGCUGAUAUUCAUAAUGCAGAUGGUUAUACUGCUUUGACUAAAAUUUCUCAUUUACAUUCAGAUGAAGAAGGUUAUGACGAAAUCAUUGAACUUUUAGAAAAGGCCCUAGAGGCCCAAAAGGGGAAUUCAAGUGAUAAAGCAGUUCCUUUGGCACCUUCUAAAAUAGUGGAAGAUCCAUAUGAAGAUUAUUUCUUAGGCUUGGUUAAAAAGAAGAAUUCUUCUUCAACAAUAUAUAAAUAUUCUGCACAAGGUUUUAAAGAAGCUGCAGCUAGUGAUUUUCUUGCUCAUGAUUAUACUCUUCAAAGUAAACCAGAUAUAUUGAAUUUGGCCGCUAGAAAUGGUCAUGUUGAAUUAGUUGAUAUUUUACUUGGUUUGAAUCCAGGGUCCUAUGAUAUAAAUCAAGAAAACAAAGUUGGAUUAACAGCUCUAUUAUCUACUGUGGGCCUCGGAAAUUAUGAAGUUGUUAAGUUUUUGAUUUCUAGAGGAGCUGAUCCUACUAAAAAAAGAAAAAAGGAUGGUUUAAAUGCUUUAGAUAUAGCAAAAUAUUCUGCUGAGUAUGAUCCAAGAGAAGUUGAAUUACUUCAAGGAGAAAUCUUGAAAUCAUCUAAUGGACCAACAACAUCUGAAAAGACACCGGCUAAUGAAAAUGCAAUAAUCAAGGAAGCUCAUAAAGAUACUACCCUGUCUUUUAAAGAAGAAAUCCCUAAAGAGUCAAAAAAACCAGAAGAGAAAGAAAGCGAAGAUUUUGAGAAGCCUGUUAAUUCUGAUGUUAGCGAUCAUGAAAUUGAAAAACAAAAGGAAAAUGAUUUUGAUGAAAAAGAUAGAGAAGAUGAACUCUCUCUCAACAAGAAACGCAAAAUUUCAUCCGGUAAUUCUGAUCUGAAUUCUACAAAGAAGUUAAAGAAAGUCAAAUCAAGGGAAUUUGAUAAGUUGAAGUCACAACCAAGUAACGUUUUUGCCAAAGACAGAACCCCAGAAGCAAACGAAGAUCCAAAACGUUUCAAGUCCAGGGAACAAUCACCAACUUCAGUUACUCCUACUCAACAUUCACAUCGUCCUAGUUUGGAAUCAAGCAGAUCAUCUGAUCGAGAUAUUACUAAAAAACCACUGACUCAAUCACCUUCCCCUGCACUUUCGUCUGCUUCCAUUACUUCUCCUGUGACUGCUCCUGCUCCUGCUCCUGCUCCACUUACUAAAGCACAAGAAGAACAAAGAGCCAAAAUUGCUGAAGAGGCCAGAAUCUGGCAAGAAAAAUCUGAAGCUAAGAAGAAGGCUAGAAAAGAGUUCUUCAUUAAAGCCGAAAAAGAAAAAGAACGCAAGAGAAAAGAAGAUGAAGAAAAGAGAAUUGAGGAACAAAAGAAACAAGAAAUUUUGGAGCAUGAAAAGAGAAUUAAAGAAGCUGAAGAGAUUGCAGAAGCCAAUCGUCAACUUGAAGUCAAGCGUGAACAACUUAAAUUUAAAAAAUGUAUCGAAAAUUAUCCUAUUGGAUUGAGAUGCAUAAAAUUUGGUAUUGAACAUACUUUAGAAGAACUUUCAAAAUUCGUUCCAUUGUACGUUUUCAAAAUGAAUGGAGAAGAAUACGUCAUUGAUCUUCAACUUUCUUUAAUGACUGCCUUAUCUAUUACUGAAUUGGGUGAAAAGGCAAACUUUAGUUCUAAAAUUGAAGUCAGUCUUGAAAAUAAAUCUAAAACUUGGAUCCUCUUCUAUCCUAUGAUUGGUAUUGAUCCUUCAAAUCCACAUUUGAAUUUACAAAGAGAAGGACACUCCAAAUUUAAGUUUCUUUUAUUAAACUUUGUUAAGCUUUCGGAAGCAAAAUCUUUUCUUGAAAAACAUUAUCCAAAGAUAGUCGAUCUUAUUUGGAAUAAGAAGUUCAUUACUCCUGUUGAUUUGGGAUCCAUGAUGCCAUUCAAUGAAGUACGCAACAUCCAAGUUGAUAUUUUGACUGAUAAAAAUGAUAUUGUCAUCGAUACCGAAUCAGUUCAGAAAACUAGCUUCGUUCCACCUAAAUUGAGACUCCGCAAGGAUGCUCUUAGAGUGAUCAGGAAAUCUAAUACACCAAUCUGGUAA